AUGCGUGUUGUGCGCGCUUCCUGUAUAAACAGAGAGGAGCUGAGUGUGAAUGAAUGUAGUUUUAAUAUUUAUUAUAUUAUUGUAUUUCUGUCACUCCGCGCAGCUUCAUGCUCUCUCUCCUGUUCAGCGCCGUCUUCUGCAUAACACACGUAUCUCCAUUCUUCAGCCAUGCUACAGACAGCGACUUCACACAGGAGGAGAUGGCUGAGUACAGACACAGAAUAAAGUCCAUGUUCUAUCAUGCCUACAACAGUUAUUUGGACAAUGCAUAUCCAUAUGAUGAGCUCCGACCCCUGACAUGCGAUGGACAAGAUACAUGGGGCAGUUUUUCGCUCACUCUCAUUGAUGCCUUGGAUACCUUGCUGAUACUGGGGAACCACACAGAGUUCCAGCGGGUGGCCACUCUCCUUCAGGACACUGUGGACUUCGACAUUGAUGUAAAUGCAUCUGUGUUUGAGACAAACAUACGAGUGGUCGGUGGACUUCUUUCAGCCCAUCUGCUGUCCAAGCAGGCGGGGAUGGAGGUGGAGGAGGGCUGGCCGUGCUCCGGGCCGCUGCUUCGCAUGGCUGAAGAUGCAGCACGCAAACUCCUCCCAGCAUUCCACACACCCACGGGUAUGCCUUAUGGAACGGUGAACCUGCUGAGGGGAGUCAACCCCACAGAGACCCCCGUUACCUGCACUGCUGGAGUGGGCACCUUCAUCCUGGAGUUCUCCACCCUCAGCCACCUGACUGGAGACCCUGUGUUUGAAAACGUGGCCCGCAAAGCUCUCAGCUCCCUCUGGAAGACCCGCUCUGAUAUCGGCUUGGUUGGAAACCAUAUUGAUGUCAUCACUUCAAAGUGGGUUGCUCAGGAUGCAGGGAUUGGAGCAGGAGUUGAUUCGUACUUUGAGUACCUUGUGAAGGGUGCCAUUAUGCUGCAAGAUGAGGAACUACUGACCACAUUUCAAGAAUUUGAUAAGUCCUUAAAGAACUUCACUAAAUUUGAUGACUGGUACCUGUGGGUGCAGAUGCACAAGGGGACAGUGUCCAUGCCCGUCUUUCAGUCUCUGGAGGCGUUCUGGCCUGGCCUGCAGAGUCUAAUAGGGGAUAUUAAUAGUGCCACAAGGACCUUCCAUAACUAUUACACAGUAUGGCGUCAAUUUGGAGGACUUCCGGAGUUCUACAGCAUUCCUCAGGGCUACACGGUGGACAAGAGAGAGGGAUAUCCUUUACGGCCAGAGCUGAUAGAGAGCGCCAUGUACCUGUAUAAAGCAACAGGUGACCCGACGUUUUUACAGCUGGGCCGGGAUGCAGUGGAGUCUAUAGAGAAAAUCACCCGUGUUAAGUGUGGCUUUGCCAGUAUAAAAGACAUAAGAGACCACAAGCUAGACAACCGCAUGGAGUCCUUCUUCUUGGCUGAAACGAUUAAGUAUCUCUACCUCCUGUUCGACCCUGACAACUUCAUUCACAACAACGGCACAAGGUUUGAGCUUGGGGGUCCGCGGGGGGACUGCAUUCUCAAUGCGGGGGGUUAUAUAUUUAAUACAGAGGCGCAUCCACUGGACCCAGCUGCCCUGCACUGCUGCAGGAAGGACCAGGAUGAACGCAGGGAGCUUCAGGACAUCCUCCUCAGCCUGUCUGAGCCACUGAAAUCUCCCAUAGACCAGUCAGUGGAGGCUUCAGGAGACACCGGCUCAUCAGAAAGCAUAGCGUUACCUCCAGGAGAAAGAAAGAAGAACCCUGUGCUGUCCUGCCCCACACAGCCGUUCAGCUCCAGAUUAGCCGUCAUGGGGCAGGUCUUUACUGAUGGCACUUGAAGCGCCAAUGUGUAAAAGUGAUAUGUGCUGUUUAUUCAUGUUGCAGAAUGAAAGAAGUUACAGAAUGGAGAGGAUAUUGUUUUAAUGUGUUUUGAACAAUGUCUUAAUUACUGUAUUGCUGUAUUUUACACCGUGUUUUGUAAAUUUCAGAAAUGUAAAAAAGGGCUGCAGGGUUUAGCUUCUAUUCCGUUUAUUCUAUUGCUGUUUCAGCUUGAAAAUAAAAAAAACAAGAUGAAGGAUAAAAAGAAAUGUCUGAAAUACUGUUGGCACGUUUUUCAAAAAAAAUCAUACGAACACACAAAUACACAUUCAUAUUCUCAAAAAAACAAAAAAAAAAAACAAUUCUGAGCAGAUUAAUGGGCCACACAAGACCAAACGUCUCAGCUUAUCUGGGAUUUAGCUAUUGCUAACGCUACUGUUUCACGCUAAUCAGCCUCACAGAGGACAGAGUCUGGCCUUUUGUCUAAAAAGAGACUUUUCUCCUCACGUGAGGGAGCAGCAGAGCUCAGGGAAACGGGCUUUUACAGUGAAUAACCCCCUUCAUCUCCUCGCCAGCACAAAAUCGCCACUUCAUGCUUACCUCUCUACAGUGGACUGCAAAUGUAUUCACACCCCUUGAACUUUUUUGAACUCUUCACGUUUUGUCAUGUUACAACCAUAAAUUUAAAUGUAUUUUAUUGAGAUUUUAAUCAUUUAAAUAUCUGAAAACUGACGUGCAAAGGUAUUUAGCCCCCUUUACUCUGAAACCCUUAAAUAAAAUCCAUUGCAAUCAACUACCUCCAGAAUAGUUAAUAGAGUCUAGCUGUGUCUAAUUUAGUCUCAGUAUAAAUACAGCUGUUCUGUGAAGGCCUCAGUGGUUUG